UCCGCCCCAGUUGGCACCUUUCUCGACGACGCGGGAGGUAGAGUCCGCCCCGUCCGGUUGGUCUUGUUCCCACAGAUCUCGAGAACAAGGGAACAGCUCCCUUGGGCUGCCUUCACACUUGGAGCGCUCGAGGGGCUGGCGCUCAGACAGGGGGGGGCCUUCCGAGGAACCAUGGCGCAGUACCUGCGGAGACCGGCUUCGGUGGCGGUGAUAAAGAUCUGUAACCCUCCCCUCAACACCUUCAGUCCUACAGCAACACGGGCUUUGGAACAAGAUGUGAACCAGGCAAAUUCCAAUCCCUCUGUGAAAGCUGUUGUGAUUUGUGGAGCAAAUGGGAAAUUUAGUGCAGGUGCUGAUAUCAGAAGCUUUCAGAACAUUACUAGCCAGGGAAAGAUAUCCAGCUUGGAAUCAGUUGUUUCUUUGAUAGAGAAGAGUGAAAAGCCAAUGAUUGCUGCUAUUGAAGACCUGGCUUUUGGAGGGGGCCUGGAAGUGGCCUUGGGCUGUCAUUACAGGAUUGCAAAUGUAAAGGCUCGGCUAGGUCUGCCUGAGGUCACCAUAGGCUUACUUCCAGGUGCUGGAGGGACUCAGCGGCUUCCUAGACUUAUUGGCGUACCAGCUGCAAUUGAUAUCAUCAGCACAGGAAGACACGUGUCGGCUACUGAAGCACUGAAACUGGGUAUCCUAGAUGACGUUGUGGAAUACAAUACAAUUGAAGCAGCCAUAAAGUUAGCAGAAAGAGUAAAAGAUCAGCCAUUGGGACCUCGCAGACUGUGCCUAAGACAAACUCCAACGCUACCCAACAUGGAAGCUGUCCUGGAUGAGGCUCUUCGGAAAGUGAAGAAACAGGCAGCUGGGUGCCUAUCUCCAGAAAUGUGUGUCCGAGCUGUACAAGCCUCCAUGUCCUUGCCCUUUGCAGAAGGAAUUAAGAAAGAGAGAGAGAUGUUUUUGUUCCUCUUCAAUUCAGGCCAAGCAAAGGCAUUACAAUACGCCUUUUUUGCACAGAGACUUGUGGAAAAGUGGCAGUUGCCCAGUGGUGCAUCCUGGAAAACUGCAGCCCCUCAGCCAGUCCGGAAAGCAGCUGUCAUAGGAUUGGGGACAAUGGGACGAGGCAUUGUGGUUUCUCUGCUGAAGGCUGGAAUUCCUGUCGUGGCUCUGGAGCAAGAUAAAAAGCAGCUGGAGGUGGCCAGAGAAGCUAUCGUCUCUGUCUUAGAUCGUGAAGCUUUAAAAAUGCGACAGAAUUACCAAAAUCCAAAUAUCUUUAAACCUGACCAGCUCCACUUCACUCUGGAUUUUGGUGCACUGAAAGAUGUGGAUCUAGUUAUUGAGGCUGUAUUUGAGGAUAUGGCUCUCAAGAAGGAAAUAUUCCGCAAGUUGUCAGUCGUAUGCAAACCUGAAGCCCUUCUUAGCUCUAACACAUCUUACCUAGAUAUUGAUGAGAUUGCCUCUGUCACUGACCGCCCUCUCCAAGUCAUUGGCACCCAUUUCUUCUCACCAGCUCACAUGAUGAAGCUACUAGAGGUCAUCUAUGGUCAGAAAACAUCCCCCACUGCUGUUGCUACAGCCAUGAGCUUGGCCAAAGCUAUGGGCAAAAUUGGGGUGGUAGUUGGGAAUUGCCAUGGAUUUGUUGGUAAUCGAAUGCUGAAUCCUUAUAUUGAACAAACAUAUUUCCUCCUAGAGGAUGGCAGUACUCCAGAGGAAAUAGACAAAGCUCUGGAGGAAUUUGGUUUCAAAAUGGGUCCUUUCCGUGUAUCAGAUCUUGCAGGACUUGAUGUGGGCUGGAGAUCUAGGAAAGAGCAAGGAUUGACAGGAACCACUCUACCUCCUGGCACACCUCUUUACCGAGAUGGCAAACGAUACUGCCCAAUCCCUGAUAUUCUGUGUGAGAAAGGAAGAUUUGGCCAAAAAACUGGAAAGGGAUGGUACCAAUAUGAUAAACCUGGGGGAAGAGUAGCACAGUCAGAUCCAUGGGUGCAUAGCUUUCUUUCUGAUUAUAGAUGUACUCACAACAUUACAGCACGCACUGUCACCCAUGAUGAGAUACUGGAGCGUUGCCUGUAUUCCCUUGCCAAUGAGGGUUUCCGUAUAUUGUCUGACGGAAUAGCAUCUUCUCCAGAAGCUAUUGAUACCAUCUAUAUCAAUGGUUAUGGCUGGCCCAGGCACAGGGGUGGGCCCAUGUUCUAUGCUUCUGAGGUUGGGUUGCCUAGAGUUCUAGCCAAACUGCAGAAGUAUGCUAAAGCUAACCCCGAUGUACCAAGACUACAGCCUAGCUCCUUUCUGGAGAAGCUUGUAGCUUUGGGUAGUCCUCCUCUGCAGGAGUGGUCAGCCCACCUGCAUUCUCAGAGCAGCAAGCUGUAAUUCCACUGCAUGAAAUUUAAGUUUUCUGUUCAGACAUUUUUGUCUGGUCUAGUCUAAACUGAAACACAGCACAGUAUAUACAACAAUGCCACUCUGUCAUCAGAUUGCAGUGCACUGCAUACACAGACAUGUAUACUGUCUCUGAGAAUGAGGGAUCACUUCUCACAAUGCUGUCUUUUAUCAUGCCAUAUUUUUUAAUGCUGCCUUGAGGGUCUCACCUAAAAAUACAGACUUCCUCAUCUAACAAUGCUAACUAGCCUCAGGAUGUUUUCUUCAUGGCCCUGAUCAAACUGCCUAAAAUGAAAGAGAAAACUGGAAAAUACAAUAUACAUUCCAGGUAGACAGACUUUAGGCUUGUGAAACACGCACACAUACACACCAUUGCAGCAAUGAUAUCCGCUGACUACAACCUGGUGGAAAAGUUAUGCAUAUAGAAUUUAACAAUUUGGAGUCUUUGCCAACCUCUUGCAGUCCUGAGAUUUACUUUCUGGUCAUUCAAGUACCUUGACCCACCACCACUUCCUUAUAUUUCACUCUUUCUUCAUCCCAUUGUUAAAUAUACUGGAUCCUCUCUAUGGUUCAGUUAAUAAGUAUAUGAGAUGUGUCAAAGAAAUUACAUUGUGAGACUGCCAUUCUCCUGUAUCUUUUGCACCUGACUUGGUGCAAAAGAUACAGGAGAAAUUGGUGGAUUUGUAUUUAUAUCCUUCUGUUCCACUAGGUAAAAUAGUAUUUCAGUGGUUUCAGAUAUCUCUAGUAAGAGUGCUUCAUUUUCACUUCUAUUUUUAAUAACUAUUGCAAAUAUCCUAAAUUAAAAUGUGUCUGGUAAACAUCUGAAAAAAUUAAUCUACUGCAGAAAAAAUAAUGCCAUGAAGUGAGGAAAGUCUCUCUUGGGAGGGGGGGAAGGUGAUUCAGGGACUGAAUGUCCUGCCUUGCAGAAUUAAGCUUCUGUUAUCUCACAAGCUGAUCUUGCCUUUUGAAUAUCUGCAGCACAGAUAUUACAUAUGCCUCCAUUAAAGUGUCUUGAUUUUUUUUUCUUGGCCUCUAGCUUUCUCCUCUUGUUUCCCACAGUACAUCAUUUUCUAACUCAUGAGCUUGUCUGUUUUUCUUACAUGUUGUGCAAUGCCCGUACAAGCAGCCUUCCCCAACUUCGCACCUUCUGAGGUGUUGAACUAUAAGUUACAUCAUCCACAUCCAGCAUGGCCAUUGGCUUGCUGGGAAUUAUCCAAUACAUCAAAAAGAGGCCAGGAUGAAGAAUACUGCUAUAUGCCAGCAAGCCUUCAGGAGCAUGUUAUUGGUUCGAUUUUCAGGGAUUCCACAAGACACCAGUGGUGCUGACAAAGACAAUGUCCAAAAGGAAGUUGGAAAAUAGUUUAAACUUGCUUGACUUUGGUGCUAACACCAAUAGUGCCUUCCCAUCCUCUGUAAUUUUGAUUUACUGUAUAAUGUUCCAACAUUUAUUCUCAGAGGCAUUACUUCUGUAAUCUAGAGCACUGAAAACAAAAUUGUUGAAGCCCAAAAAACUUUUUUCUUGAAUAAAACUUACAUGAUUAAUGUGGCGCACCCCCAGUGUCUCCGGUUUGUUUUCCCACUCACAGGUUCACCUUCGGACACAACUUGUUCUUUUCAUCCUUUUCCGCUGCCACCAGAGGGUAUUACCCUCACCGUACCAAUUAUGAAGCUCAGACUAUUGUUAAAGUUUAUUUAUGGUUAGGUAGGUAAAUCAGGUUGAGGAAUCCCAAACCGGAAUUAAGAUUGCCAGAAGAAAUAUCAACAACCUCCAAUAUG